AACUGGCUACAUGUUAUCCAAUCUCCGGCGGCGUCAUCCAACAAAGGGAAUUAAAACGAGCUGCAGUGAAGAAGUUGACCUUCACACAUGGAACACUGGGUCAUUGCACUUUUGGUCACUCUCCACCUCCAGCUGUGGCUGCAACAAACAGCUACACAGCAGAAACUACACACAUUUCAAGAGUAUUUUCCCAUAAUAUCUUUUACAGUGACCAUUUGCAUUCCAUUCAUCAGAUGUUACAAACUCUGGGAGAGAGCGGAAAUAUCAGAAGAGGAGGCGUUUUCUGCCACAGGAUGUUUUCCCUCAUGAGAGGAUGUGUGAGGUUCAGUCACUGCAGCACCGUGGGAGUGUUUCAAUCAGAGGCACAAUGAGGAUAUGAUGCAUUACAGUCGGAGGAACGCAUGCAUGGAACCAGGGUUGAUGAUAUCGAAGUACCGGAUCAGAUUUCUCCGCAGCAUACAGUUAACGUAGUUUGCUGAAAGAGCUUGAACUUUUAGGUGAUGAGGGAAAGCCUCGAGGACAUCAUUCUGCUGGAGGCAAGUUCACACUCUCGGUGCGAAAGAUGAGAGCUUGCUGGAUGUUCAUGAUCCUCCUGAGCUGCAGGUUAUCUCAUGCAACGGAGUGUCAAAGCAUCUGCAAAGACCAGCUGAAAAUCAACUGUGUACCUACCAAUGGCAAAGUGUUCGUGCCUUGCCCAGAGUUGGAAGGCACAGACGUGACUUUAAAACUUUUUAAAGACAACAAAGUGAUUUCCAACCAUACAUGCAACCCAGCCAACAAUACAUGUCAGUGUAAACCACCAUGCCCCAGUGUCGGCGUAGAACUGUAUCAAACGACAAACACAUCAGUCUUCAUGCUAACUGGAGUGAAUGCCAAUAGCUAUGGUUUCUACAGGUGUGAGCUCAUCAUCACGUACCUUCCCCCCCUCAGAACAAAGCAAAGUACUUCGAGGAUCCUGGUACUUGUAGAAGGACACCAAUGCCAGUCCCCAAGUGGAGAUCAAAACAAUGGAUUUCUUUGGAUUUGGAUUCUGGUGCUCGUACUUUUUGGCAUCUACAGCUUAAUUGUCACCAUUAUUGCCAGCAUCAUCUGGGUAAAGUGGAGGAGGUCGGAUUCCCAGAGUGAUUACAUGAACACCAAACCCAAAGCAACGAGGAACCGCAAGAAAAGAGGCUUUCAAAAUCCUAUACCACGACACUUCUGAUCACCCGUGCAUCCUCUCACUAUUUGCACAGCUAUCCUUGUUAGUUUCAAUAUUAACACAUUAUAGUAAUUUGCCCCGUGCAGAGCGGGUGAGGUUUUUCAUUUAGUCCAUUGUG